AUGUCGAAUACAACUGAACAGGAAGGAGCAGAGAAGGAGGAUUUAAGCUCCUCAAAGAGUGAAUCGGAUGUUCCCACUUUAUCGUCAUCGCCUGGAAGGACAUAUUCCGGACAAGAGAACUUCUGCAAGGACUAUGCUCUCAAAAGAUUUUUUAGAAUGUCCUCAAAAGUAGCGGAUCAUUAUAACGCCAUUCCAGAUAUUGGUGUUACUGAAAGGCUUAACAGCAGAAUUUUGUAUCUGAGAAAUUUUAACAACUGGAUCAAGAGCAUGCUGAUAAAUGAAUUUUUGAAGACUUUGAAGCAGUCUGGUUGUAGUCGUCCCAAAGUGUUGGAUUUGUGUUGUGGUAAGGGAGGGGAUCUAUUGAAAUGGCGAAACGGCAACAUAUCAUAUCUUGUUGCAACUGAUAUAGCAGAAGUGUCUUUACGACAGUGUGAAAGGCGAUAUAAUGAACUGAAGGAGAAGUCUGACAAGAAACGUCCUUUAUUUGGUGCAGAAUUUAUACGGGCAGAUUCGACAACGGAUCGGAUUGCUGAUUAUUUUACUGACCCAAACAUUCAGUUUGAUUUGACAAGUUGCCAGUUCUCAUUUCACUACUCGUUUGAGAGUGAGCGUCAAGCGAGGCAAAUGAUUAGAAAUGCGGUUGAAAAGUUACGUUCGGGCGGUUACUUUAUUGGCACACUUCCGGAUGCAAAUAGAAUUAUGUUGGUACUUCGAGCAACAUUAAGACUGACUCUUCCGGAAUACAAUGACCUGAGGUGGGCGAUUUGGUUUUUAAACUGCAUGGAAGCAGAGGUUCUUUAUUUUAUUGCGUUUCCACAACCUCAGCUCACUUUCCUUUUCAUGACUCAUCUGUUCAUCAGUGCCCCAUUAGGGGAUUUAUGGUAUCUUAAAGGUAAAGAAAUAGAGGUGAACUGUCCGGAAUACCUCGUUCAUUUCCCAGUCUUAGAAAAACUCCUUGAUGAGUGUGGCAUGAGCUUAGUUUAUAAGAAACCCUUUCCUGAGGCCUUUGAAUAUUUCAAGGAGGAUAACAUGGGGAAAGCGCUUUUGCAAAAGAUGAAAGCUCUUGAAACUUAUCCUCCUUCCGAUGGAACAAAGUAA